AUGGCAUACGAUGAUACCGGGCAUAUCGCGUACUCCUAUGUAGCUUACGUGCGGCUGCCAUUGUGCACGAGGAGUGGUCAUUGCCGUACGGGCUGGGAUUUCCCUGGCACUGAGACCCUUACGUUCGUUAUCACGCCGCCAAAUACAUAUGGGGACUUCCUGCCGUCGCUUUCUGCAAACCCUGCUGGGCCCGGGCCGGGCAGCGCGGCCAGCCAACGGCUGACCGGCCAUGUCCGGGCCCUGUCAGCCUCCAGGGAGCGGACCUCCACCGGGAGCUCCUAUGCUUCAAAGCGCCUGUCGGGGCCCGUCAUGCCCACUUCAAUGCAAUCUCCCCCUUCCUCCUUGCCUUCGCCGCCCACCGGCGACCUCCCCGGGACCGGAACCGGAUCUGGGACCGGGCCCGGGACGGGGCAACACAACUCCAAGCUCCCGCCCCUCAGCCAUGGCUACGGCUCCAACAGCCCCAGGCGGGCUACCGGAACCCCCUCCACAGCCGCCUCGCAGUCCCAUCCGUCCCACGGUGAUAGGCAGCCCCACGGGACAGCGCAGGGGGAAAAGCAGUCAGGCCCGCUCGUAGAAGCCAUCCAGCCGCUCAUUCAGCACCCCUCCAUGCUUCCGGGACCCACGCCAGCAUCGCACCCUUACCAGCACAAGCGCAAACCUCCGAGCGCCUUCAUGCGCAACAACCCCAUGUUACAGCAGCUGGAGAUGGGAGCGGCGGGGGCCGCGCACCAGCACACCCAGACACAGCAGCAACACCAUCUGCGCAGCGCCAGUGCCGGCAGCACACGGCCCCAACUAGGUCCCCUGUUCGAUAGCCCCCGCUACGGCGGUGCCGGCGGUAGCGACGGUAGCGGCGCCGAGGGAGCCUACGGAGGGCUCCCCAACGAGCUGCAGGCGCAGCAAUUCGCGCAGGAGGUCAUGGCCGCGGCGCAGGCGGCCAUGGCGCAGGGUAAACUUCAUCAGGCUUGGGGGGGUGAGGAGGACGGUGGUGCUGCUGGCACUGCCUUCGUGUCCGCUGCACCUUGGGGCGUCAGCAGCGUGAGUGACUUGGAGGCGCUGGACUCCAUUCUGGAUCAGUUGGUGGUGGUGGAUGCGCGCAUGCGGAAAGCAUUGCUCAAGGGCCCGCUCAUUUCCUUUGAGACAGUGGUCCCGGAGCAUGUCAUGUACCCGGCCGGAGCCGCAACCCGGCAGCAGCAGCAGCAGGAGGAGGAAAGGGACCGGACCUUCAUCACCGCCGUCAAGGGUGUGGCGGAUGAGGACGUUGCCGCAGCGGCAGCUGGGCAGGAGGAGGGGGCCGGCGGCGGGGGCGCUGCCGCGGAGCAGAGCGGCAGCACCAGGGGCCUGGGCUUGCCGCCGCCACCGCCCAGUCCGGCAGAGCGUGAGGCAUCUUCCUUGGGCGGGGCCUUUUCUCCUGCCGCUGCCCCCUCCGUCUCUGCCUCUGCACCCGUCUCAACGCGGCAAACCACGCGGCCCGCAGAGGACUACCUUGCGGACUCGUCCCUGUUCCCCGCCUCCAUCCCCAAUCCCGGCAUGCAUCCCACAUUCACACGCGCCUACCUGGCGUCCAAAAUGGCGGUCAAGCCGCAGCACCUGCCGCCGCCACCACCUGCCACGGCGGAGCACUUGCUGCGGUCCCGGCCGCCGCCGUUCAUCGCCGCGCCGUCGUACGACCAGCUGUGCUCGCAGAUCCGCGACGUGCAGCGGCAGUACACGUGUGGCUCGUCGCGGCCAGCGGGGCAGGGGGGCGGCCCCCCAGGGGGGACGGGGAGCGGCGGCGGCACGGCGGCAAUGGGCGGCGCCGGCUUCACCGCCGCCAUCGCUGCGGGCUUGCCCGUCGUCCCCCCUUCCGCUCACCAGUACAUUGCCGGUCUGGACGGGCCCACCCUGGAUGAGGUGGUGGCGCACCAGGAGCUUCCCAUCAGCUUGGAGCGGGUAAGGCCCACGUUCGUGGCACUCAAGCAGAAGGCCAGGAGCGUCGUCCGCUCCGUGACGUGAUGUGACGGCACUUUGGAGCUGUAGAGGCGGAGGCGCGGGGAGCUCCAUCCCAUGUGUUUCUGUUCCGUGUGGGACGCGGCCUCACACCUUGCUGGUUUUACUUUGCACACUGUUGUAGGCACGCGCAUUUGAAGAUUUUACGUCCGCUAUGUGUGCCAGGUGCCCACGGGGCAGUGUCCCGGGGCUGCUGUCGCCCCCAUUCCACAAGGCCGCUUACUCCAAACACCUUCCACCCUGCGGCCCUCUGGCGAUUUGGACAUCCAUCCUUGCAGCAUCACAUCCAUAUCUAGUAAAGGAUGCGGCAACUUGCAAAUUCACAGCUUGCUCCUGCCAGAAAGGGUUUAUAAUUGAAGGGUCCGUGCGGCGAUUUACUAAGCCCUAAGGCCUAGCUAACAAGGGGAAUGCAGUCAGGGUCAAUUGUCACAUUCUCGGGUACCC